CAGAGGGGGAGUGGUCUGGUGAUGUAUCCGGGUUAGGAGCGCUGUUUCCCGGCCAGCCGCCCAGCUGGGACUCGCUGUGACUUCCUCCUCUCCGGUUAGAGAUGGAGCUCCUCCGGUGGAUCGUCCCCGUCCUGUCCGCUCUGCUCGUCCUCUCUGCGGCCGGUGUUCAGCCGGUAACCGGCGGAGCGUCCCGGACCGGACCGAGAGUCACGGAGAAGGUGUUUUUUGACAUCACGGUGGCGGGUCACGAGGUGGGACGGAUCGUAGUCGGCCUUUUUGGGGAGGUCGUCCCACUCACUGUCAAUAACUUUGUCGCCCUGGCAACCGGAGAGAAAGGUUACGGCUACAAAGGGACAAAGUUCCACCGAGUCAUCAAGGACUUUAUGAUCCAGGGAGGAGACUUCACAGCUGGAGACGGAACUGGAGGUCACAGCAUCUACGGAACAACUUUUGCAGAUGAAAACUUCAAACUGAAGCAUUUGGGAGCCGGCUGGGUGAGUAUGGCCAACGCCGGGCCGGACACCAACGGAUCACAGUUCUUCAUCCUGGCGGCCAGAGCGCCGUGGCUGGACGGGAAACACGUGGUUUUUGGCAAAGUCCUGGAUGGGAUGUCUGUGGUUCACACCAUCGAGCUGCAGGACACCAACGACAGGAACCUGCCGUACACCGAGUGUGUGAUCGUCAACAGCGGCAGGAUCCCCGUCAAAGAGCCCUUCGUGGUGGAGGUGGAGGGCUGGUAGACGCCGCUGGUAGACGCCGCCGUUAACCACGCUUUACUGUACAACACAAAGACGCUGGGGAUCAAACACAAGUCCAGUUUGACAAACAUUACUUUUGCAUGUUAACGUGCUAACACUAACAUACUAGCAAGUAGGGCUGAGUAUUGAUCGAAAUCUUCUGAUAAAACACCUGAGUUUACCUAUUGAUACCAAAACUAUUACAUAUCUAAUACUUUAAUACAAUAUAUAAACAUGUUAACUACAAAUUACAAACAGAUCUGUACAAAUAUGAUCAAACAAUGUUCAGGAAACAUUUCAUCAAAGAAGCUAAACAAAGCUAAUAUAUAUCUUUUAUUUAUUUACCCAGAAUCCCCAUUAGUUAUUGUCAAGGUUGAAACUACUCUUCCUGGGUUCCGGCCAAAACCACUACAUCAUAAUGUAAAAACAAAUACGUAUUUAAACUCCAAAGCAAUUAAAGGGAACAAAAAACAACAGAAAAACAAACAAACAAACAAUAAAUCAACAACUUCUGACCAUGCAUUCAAUUCCAGCGUUCAAUAUCUGAACGUUUUGGAUACUCGGUGCUACGGACGUGUUUAGUUUGAUACCAAAAA